AUGAGGAAGAGCGUGUAUUUGGACAAUACCAUUGAAUUCUUGAGAGGUAGGGUGUAUCUUGGCGCUUAUGACUAUUCUCCGCAGGAUACAGAUGAGAUUGUAUUCUUCACAGUGGAAGAUUCUAUCUUUUAUAACAGCUUUCACCUGGAUUUUGGUCCGUUGAAUAUUGGUCACCUGUAUAGGUUUGCUGUGAUCUUCCAUGAGAUAUUGAAUGAUCCUGAUAAUGCCAAUAAGGCGGUGAUAUUUUAUUCGUCUACGUCAACGCGACAGCGGGCUAAUUCUGCAUGUAUGCUGUGCUGUUAUAUGGUUCUUGUUCAGGGCUGGACUCCACACCAAGUCCUACAGCCGUUAGCACAGGUAGAUCCACCUUUCAUGCCGUUUAGAGAUGCAGGUUAUUCAAAUGCCGACUUUGAGAUUACUAUACAGGAUGUUGUUUACGGGGUUUGGAGAGCUAAGGAGAGAAGGCUCAUCGAUUUGCACUCGUUUAAUCUAGAAACGUACGAACGUUAUGAACAUGUGGAAAACGGAGACCUGAAUCUGCUGACACCGGACUUCAUCGCAUUUGCAUCGCCUCAGGAGGACUCAAGGCUGGUAGGCCCUAAUACAGUGUCUUCUAAGUCCCAUCUAAACCAACCUUUCCGCAGCGUUUUGAAGUACUUUGUGAACAAUAAUGUCCACUUGGUGGUGAGACUGAAUUCUCACCUCUACAAUGCCAAGCAUUUUGAGGACGUUGGAAUUAAGCACAUCGAUAUGAUCUUUGAAGAUGGGACUUGUCCCGACUUGUCUAUCGUGAAGAAUUUCGUUGGUGCAGCAGAAACUAUCAUUAACAGAGGUGGCAAGAUAGCCGUUCAUUGCAAAGCAGGGCUUGGAAGGACGGGUUGUCUCAUUGGUGCACAUCUUAUAUACACCUAUGGUUUUACGGCCAACGAGUGCAUAGGAUUUCUAAGGUUCAUAAGGCCUGGAAUGGUCGUGGGGCCGCAACAGCACUGGCUUUACUUGCACCAGAACGAUUUCAGGGAAUGGAAGUAUACAAUGAAAUUGUCAUUAGUCCCGGACGAUAUUAUUGGUGGUUUGUAUCCGCUGAUCUCGAUCGAGAAAUACCGUGCGCAAAAGAAGAAGCUUAAGGACCAUAAGAAGAGUCAGGGUUCCGGACAAGACGAUAAUGAAAUGGUUGACUUGGCAAUGACUCCACCUAGCGUGAAGAAAAGCUCGAACAAUUUCCGCUCGCUUGCGGUCCCUCAAAACUCACCUGGACAACCAAGAAAGGGUCAAAACGGUAGUAACACCAUUGAGGAUCUCAACAAGAAAAUGACACACACCUCGGUCAAUCCUACUGCUGCAUUCCCAGGGCGGUCUGAUGCUGUGGUGGACAAUAAUUCAGAUAAUGAGAUGCAGAGCGAGAACAUAGAAAUCGAUACCAGUAAGAAGGCAGGACAUAAAUCUAGCGAACCGCUGUUAAAUGACUCAGCGGAUAGCGGCGCCAUUCUAAGGCAGCUUCUUCCGAAAAACAGGAGAAUCGCCUCUGGCAGAAGAAUUACCAGUGCCAGCGGUGGUGUGAGGAAAAUCAGUGGCACCGCCAAGAAAUAA